CCUCGGAGGCUGCCGUAGGCACAACUUUCUCGCAGCUCGUCCUUUCGGGCGUUCUGCACCGAGCCCCUCCCAGCCUUACGUAGCUAUCCGGUCCUACUAAGGUACGCUACAGCCAUUCCCUCACGGGAGGCGGCCGCUUAAGCGUCUGAGUCUGUUGAGAAGGCCGGAACCGAAUAUCGAGGAGCAGCGAAGCAAUCUGACCCGGAACAACGACCAAGGAAAAGUGAAGUCGCCGCAGCAGGAGAAACGCACCUCCCGGCGCCUAUCUGAACUCAGCGACAGCUCCAGGCUCAGCCGAAAGAGAGAAGAGUGUUUGGGAAGAAUGAAAGCCUGAAGUAUUUGCCGUUGGCGUUUCAAGGAUUAUGAAAUCGUUUCUGCAAGAUGAUCUGUUCUUGAAUUGGAGAUUUUUAAGACUGACAUAUGCUGAUACUUCAUCUUCUAUAAGUAGAGUAUAAUUUCUUCUCUUGCAACAACUGCAUAGGCAAGCUUAAUUGCCAGGAUCUGUUUUGUGUUGAGCAUGACAGCCACAACUCAUGGCUCUCCAGUAGGAGGGAAUGAUAAUGAAGGCCAGGCUUCUGAUGGACCGCCUCAGCCCCCAUUACAACAGAAUCAGAACACUUCACCUGAUUCUUCCAAUGAGAAUAUGCCAACAACACCCCCAGAUGAACAAGGUCAAGGUGAUGCCCCACCACAGCAUGAGGAUGAGGAACCUAUAUUUCCACAUACUGACCUGGCAAAGUUAGAUGACAUGAUCAAUAGGCCUAGGUGGGUGGUUCCUGUUUUGCCAAAAGGGGAAUUAGAAGUUCUUUUAGAAGCUGCUAUUGAUCUUAGUAAAAAAGGUCUUGAUAUUAAAAGUGAAGCAUGUCAGCGUUUUUUCCGAGAUGGGCUAACAAUAUCUUUCACUAAAAUCCUAAUGGAUGAGGCAGUGAGUGGGUGGAAGUUUGAAAUUCAUAGGUGUAUUAUUAACAAUACUCAUCGUCUAGUGGAGCUUUGUGUGGCCAAGUUGUCCCAAGACUGGUUUCCACUUCUAGAACUUCUCGCUAUGGCCCUAAAUCCACAUUGCAAAUUCCAUAUUUACAAUGGUACACGUCCAUGUGAAUCAGUUUCCACAAAUGUUCAGUUGGCCGAAGAUGAACUCUUCGCUCGUUCUUCAGAUCCUCGAUCACCAAAAGGUUGGCUAGUGGAUCUCAUCAAUAAAUUUGGCACAUUAAACGGGUUCCAGGUUUUGCACGAUCGUUUUAUUAAUGGACCAGCAUUAAAUGUGCAGAUAAUUGCAGCCCUUAUUAAACCAUUUGGACAAUGCUAUGAGUUUCUCAGCCUACGCACAGUGCAAAAGUACUUCAUUCCAGUGAUAGAAGUUGUGCCACGAUUUUUAGAAAAUCUGACUGACGAAGAACUAAAAAAAGAAGCAAAGAAUGAAGCAAAAAAUGAUGCCCUUUCAAUGAUUAUUAAAUCUUUGAAGAAUUUAGCUUCCAGGGUUCCAGGACAAGAAGAAACUGUAAAAAAUUUAGAAAUUUUUAGGCUGAAAAUGAUACUUAGAUUACUGCAGAUUUCUUCUUUUAAUGGCAAGAUGAAUGCUUUGAAUGAAAUUAAUAAAGUGAUAUCUAGUGUAUCGUAUUAUACUCAUCGGCAUGGUAACCCUGAGGAAGAAGAAUGGUUGACAGUUGAACGAAUGGCAGAAUGGAUACAGCAGAACAGUAUCUUAUCCAUAGUACUGCGAGAUAGUCUUCAUCAGCCACAAUAUGUAGAAAAGCUAGAGAAGAUUCUUCGGUUUGUGAUCAAAGAAAAAGCUCUUACAUUAGAUGAUCUUGAUAAUAUUUGGGCAGCACAGGCAGGGAAACAUGAAGCUAUUGUGAAGAAUGUACAUGAUCUGCUGGCAAAGUUGGCUUGGGAUUUUUCCCCUGAACAACUGGAUCAUCUUUUUGAUUGCUUUAAGGCAAGUUGGACAAAUGCAAAUAAAAAGCAACGUGAAAAACUGCUUGAGUUGAUACGUCGACUUGCAGAAGAUGAUAAAGAUGGCGUGAUGGCACACAAAGUGUUGAAUCUUCUGUGGAACCUGGCCCACACCGAUGAUGUGCCUGUAGACAUGGCUCUCAGUGCCCACGUAAAAAUACUUGAUUAUAGUUGUUCCCAGGAUCGAGAUGCACAAAAGAUCCAGUGGAUAGAUCGCUUUAUAGAAGAACUUCGCUCAAAUGACAAGUGGGUAAUUCCUGCACUGAAACAAAUAAGAGAAAUCUGUAGUUUGUUUGGUGAAGCACCUCAAAAUUUGAGUCAAACUCAGCGAAGUCCCCAUGUAUUUUAUCGUCAUGAUUUAAUCAAUCAACUUCAGCACAAUCAUGCCUUAGUUACUUUGGUUGCAGAAAACCUUGCAACUUACAUGAAUAGCGUGAGACUGUAUUCUAGAGACCAUGAAGACUAUGACCCACAAACUGUGAGGCUUGGAAGUAGAUAUAGUCAUGUUCAAGAAGUCCAAGAACGGCUUAACUUCCUUAGAUUUUUAUUGAAGGAUGGCCAACUGUGGCUUUGUGCUCCUCAGGCAAAACAAAUAUGGAAAUGUUUAGCAGAGAAUGCAGUUUAUCUUUGUGAUCGUGAAGCCUGUUUUAAGUGGUAUUCUAAGUUGAUGGGGGAUGAACCAGACUUAGAUCCUGAUAUUAAUAAGGACUUCUUUGAAAGUAAUAUACUUCAGCUUGAUCCUUCCCUGUUAACUGAAAAUGGAAUGAAAUGUUUUGAACGAUUCUUCAAAGCUGUGAAUUGUCGAGAAGGGAAACUAGUAGCAAAAAGAAGAGCCUAUAUGAUGGAUGAUUUGGAGUUAAUAGGAUUGGACUACCUUUGGAGGGUUGUGAUUCAAAGUAAUGAUGACAUUGCCAGCAGAGCUAUAGAUCUUCUUAAAGAGAUAUAUACAAAUCUUGGCCCCAGAUUACAGGUCAGUCAGGUAAUGAUCCAUGAAGACUUCAUUCAAUCUUGCUUUGAUCGUUUGAAAGCCUCUUAUGAUACAUUGUGUGUUUUGGAUGGUGACAAAGACAGUAUUAAUUGUGCAAGACAGGAAGCUGUUCGAAUGGUUAGAGUAUUAACUGUUUUAAGGGAAUACAUAAAUGAAUGUGACAGUGAUUAUCAUGAGGAAAGAAUGAUUCUGCCUAUGUCAAGAGCAUUUCGUGGUAAACACCUCUCUUUUAUAGUUCGAUUUCCAAACCAGGGCAGACAGAUUGAUGAUAUAGAUAUAUGGUCUCAUACAAAUGAUACAGUUGGUUCAGUACGACGAUGUAUUCUCAAUCGUUUGAAAGCCAAUAUAGCUCAUACAAAAGUUGAACUCUUUGUGGGUGGUGAGUUGAUAGAUUCUGAAGAUGACAGAAAGCUAAUUGGACAAUUAAACUUAAAAGAUAAAUCACUAAUUACAGCCAAACUUAUACAAAUAAGUUCCAAUGUGCCAUCAAGCCCUGAUAGCUCUUCUGAUUCUUCAACUGGAUCUCCUGGAAACCAUUGUAAUCAUUUCAGUGAUGGUCCCAAUCCAGAAGUGGAGAGUAGUUUGCCAGGGGUGAUAAUGUCACUGCAUCCCAGAUACAUCUCUUUCCUUUGGCAAGUUGCAGACUUAGGUAGCAGCCUAAAUAUUCCACCUCUUAGAGAUGGCGCAAGAGUACUUAUGAAACUUAUGCCACCCGAUAGCACAACAAUAGAAAACUUAAGGGCUAUUUGCUUAAACCAAGCAAAACUUGGAGAAAGCAGCCUUGGCUCACCGCUUGAUUCACUUUUCUUUGGUCCUUCUGCCUCCCAAGUGCUAUACCUAACAGAGGUAGUUUAUGCCUUAUUAAUGCCUGCUGGUGCACCUCUGGCUGAUAAUUCAUCUGACUUCCAAUUUCACUUCUUGAAAAGUGGUGGCUUACAUCUUGUACUGAGUAUGCUAACAAGAAAUAACUUCCUGCCACAUACAGAUAUGGAAACCAGAAGGGAUGCCUACUUCAAUGCUCUUAAAAUAGCCAAAUUGUUGCUAACUGCCGUUGGCUAUGGCCAUGUUCGAGCUAUCGCAGAAGCUUGUCAGCCUGUAGUAGAUGGUGGAAAUCCCGUGACACCGAUUAACCAAGUUACUCAUGAUCAAGCAGUGGUGCUACAAAGUGCCCUUCAAAGCAUUCCAAAUCCUUCCUCUGAAUGUAUGCUUAGAAAUGUAUCAGUACGGCUCGCUCAGCAAAUAUCUGAUGAGGCUUCAAGAUACAUUCCUGAUACUUGUGUAAUUACAGCUAUACAAAAAAUUAUCUGGACAUCAGGAUGUGGGGCAUUAGAGCUAAUAUUUAGCCCAAAUGAGGAAAUCACUAAAAUUUAUGAGACGAGCACCAGUUCAAGCAGUGAGCUGGACUUGGAAGAUGAACAGGUUUGCUGCGAAGGAUUGGAAGUGAUGGCGUUAUGUUUUGCUUUGAUUCCAACAGCUUUAGAUGCACUUAGUAAAGAAAAAGCCUGGCAGACAUUCAUCAUUGACUUACUAUUAUACUGUCCCAGCAAAACUGUUCGUCAUUUGGCACAGGAGCAGUUUUUUUUAAUGUGCACCAGAUGUUGCAUGGGACACAGGCCGCUGCUUUUCUUCAUUACUCUGCUCUUCACCAUUUUGGAGACCACAGCAAGAGAGAGAGGUAAACAUUCAGGUGACUACUUCACGCUUUUACAGCAUCUUCUUAAUUAUGCUUAUAAUAGCAAUAUUAAUGUACCUAAUGCUGAAGUUCUUCUCAACAAUGAAAUCGAUUGGCUCAAGAGGAUUAGGGAUGAUGUUAAAAAAACAGGUGAAACAGAUGUUGAAGAGCCCAUUUUGGAAGGACACCUUGGGGUAACGAGAGAGUUACUAGCUUUUCAAACGUCUGAGAAAAAGUAUCAUAUUGGUUGUGAAAAAGGAGGUGCUAAUCUCAUUAAAGAAUUAAUUGAUGAUUUCAUCUUUCCUGCAUCCAAAGUUUACCUGCAAUAUAUGAGAAAUGGAGAACUACCAGUUGAGCAGGCUAUUCCAGUCUGUAGUUCACCAGCUACCAUUAAUGCUGGUUUUGAACUACUUGUAGCUUUAGCUGUUGGCUGUGUAUGGAAUCUCAAACAAAUAGUAGACUGUUUGACUGAAAUGUAUUAUAUAGGCACUGCAAUAACAACUUGUGAAGCACUUACUGAGUGGGAGUAUCUGCCACCUGUUGGACCUCGCCCACCAAAAGGAUUUGUAGGACUGAAAAAUGCUGGUGCCACUUGUUACAUGAAUUCUGUGAUCCAGCAACUAUACAUGAUUCCUUCCAUCAGGAACAGUAUUCUUUCAAUUGAAGGCGCAGGUGGUGAUAUAGAUGAUGAUAUCUUCGGGGAUGAGAAGCAGGACAGUGAGAGUAAUGUUGAUCCUCGAGAUGAUGUAUUUGGAUAUCCUCAUCAGUUUGAAGACAAACCAGCAUUAAGUAAAACAGAAGAUAGGAAAGAGUACAAUGUUGGUAUUCUAAGACACCUCCAGGUCAUCUUUGGUCAUUUAGCUGCUUCCCAAUUACAAUAUUAUGUGCCCCGAGGAUUUUGGAAACACUUCAGGCUUUGGGGUGAACCUGUUAAUCUGCGAGAACAACAUGAUGCCUUAGAAUUUUUUAAUUCUUUAGUGGAUAGUUUAGAUGAAGCUUUAAAAGCUUUAGGACAUCCAGCUAUGCUAACUAAAGUCUUGGGAGGUUCCUUUGCUGAUCAGAAGAUUUGCCAAGGCUGCCCACAUAGGUAUGAAUGUGAAGAAUCUUUUACAACUUUGAAUGUAGACAUCAGAAAUCACCAAAAUCUUCUUGAUUCUUUGGAACAAUAUAUCAAAGGAGAUUUAUUGGAAGGUGCAAAUGCAUAUCACUGUGAAAAAUGUAAUAAAAAGGUUGAUACAGUAAAACGCUUGCUAAUUAAAAAAUUACCUCCUGUUCUUGCUAUCCAACUGAAACGAUUCGACUAUGACUGGGAAAGAGAAUGUGCAAUCAAGUUCAAUGAUUAUUUUGAAUUUCCUCGAGAGCUGGAUAUGGAGCCUUACACAGUAGCAGGUGUUGCAAAGCUGGAAGGAGAUAAUGUAAAUCCAGAGAGUCAGUUGAUGCAACAGAAUGAGCAGUUUGAAAGUGAGGCAGCAGAAAGCACAAAAUACAGACUUGUAGGUGUACUUGUACACAGUGGUCAAGCAAGUGGGGGACAUUAUUAUUCUUACAUCAUUCAAAGAAACGGUAGAGAUGGUGAGAGAAAUCGCUGGUAUAAAUUUGAUGAUGGAGAUGUAACAGAGUGUAAAAUGGAUGAUGAUGAAGAAAUGAAAAAUCAGUGUUUUGGUGGAGAGUACAUGGGAGAAGUAUUUGAUCACAUGAUGAAGCGCAUGUCAUACAGGCGCCAGAAAAGGUGGUGGAAUGCUUAUAUACUUUUUUAUGAACGAAUGGACACAAUAGACCAAGAUGAUGUGUUGAUCAAAUAUAUAUCAGAGAUUACUAUCACAAGACCCCAUCAGAUUAUUAUGUCAUCAGCCAUUGAGAGAAGUGUACGGAAACAGAAUGUAAAAUUCAUGCAUAACCGAAUGCAGUACAGUUUAGAAUAUUUUCAGUUCGUAAAAAAACUGCUAACAUGUAAUGGUAUUUACUUAAACCCUGCUCCAGGACAAGAUCACCUGUUGCCUGAAGCAGAAGAAAUAAGUAUGAUUAGUAUUCAUCUUGCUGCUAGAUUCCUCUUUACUACUGGAUUUCAUACCAAGAAAAUAGUCCGUGGCCCUGCCAGUGACUGGUAUGAUGCAUUAUGCAUUCUUCUCCGACACAGCAAGAAUGUGCGUUUUUGGUUUGCUCAUAAUGUCCUUUUCAGUGUUUCAAAUCGCUUCUCUGAGUACCUUCUGGAGUGCCCUAGUGCAGAAGUGAGGAGUGUGUUUGCAAAACUUAUAGUAUUUAUUGCACAUUUUUCCUUGCAAGAUGGACCUUGUUCUUCACCUUCUGUAUCUCCUGGACCUUCUAGUCAGACAUGUGGUAACUUAAGCUUGAGUGAUCACUUACUAAGAGCAGUACUAAAUCUUCUGCGAAGGGAAGUUUCAGAGCAUGGGCGCCAUGUACAGCAGUAUUUCAAUCUGUUUGUAAUGUAUACCAACUUAGGUUUGGCAGAAAAGACACAGCUUCUGAAAUUGAAUGUACCUGCUACCUUUAUGCUUGUGUCUUUAGAUGAAGGACCAGGUCCUCCAAUCAAAUACCAGUAUGCUGAAUUAGGCAAGUUAUACUCCGUAGUGUCUCAGUUGAUCCGCUGUUGCAAUAUCUCCUCAAGAAUGCAGUCUUCAAUCAGUGGUAAUCCCCCACUUCCCAAUCCUUUUGGUGACCCUAAUUUAUCACAGCCUAUAAUGCCAAUUCAGCAGAAUGUGGCAGAUAUUUUAUUUGUGAGAACAAGUUACGUGAAGAAAAUUAUCGAAGACUGCAGUAACUCAGAGGAAACCACCAAACUGCUUCGUUUUUGCUGCUGGGAGAAUCCUCAUUUCUCGUCUACUGUCCUCAGUGAACUUCUCUGGCAGGUUGCAUACUCAUAUACCUAUGAACUCCGGCCAUAUUUGGAUCUCCUGUUACAAAUUUUACUGAUUGAGGACUCUUGGCAGACACACAGAAUUCAUAACGCACUUAAAGGAAUCCCAGAUGACCGAGAUGGACUUUUUGAUACAAUCCAGCGUUCUAAGAGUCACUACCAAAAAAGAGCAUACCAGUGUAUAAAAUGUAUGGUAGCUCUGUUUAGCAAUUGUCCUGUUGCUUACCAAAUAUUACAGGGCAAUGGAGAUCUUAAAAGAAAAUGGACAUGGGCAGUGGAAUGGCUUGGAGAUGAACUUGAAAGAAGACCAUACACUGGCAACCCUCAGUACACUUACAACAAUUGGUCUCCUCCAGUACAAAGCAAUGAAACAUCCAAUGGUUAUUUUUUAGAGAGAUCGCAGAGUGCUAGGAUGACACUUGCAAAAGCUUGUGAACUCUGUCCAGAGGAGGAGCCUGAUGACCAAGAUGCCCCAGAUGAGCAUGAGUCAUCUCCACCAGAAGAUGCUCCAUUAUAUCCUCAUUCACCUGGAUCUCAGUACCAGCAGAAUAAUCAAGUGCAUGGACAGUCAUACACGGGGCCAGCAGCCCAUCGCUUGAACAACCCACAAAGAACUGGCCAACAAGCACAAGACAAUUAUGAAGGAAGUGAAAUAUCCCCACCUCAAAUGAAGGAUUAGUGAAAUGCACGUAAUAGUUCAUUUAAAACCAUGCACUCAGGACUUAGUAUCUGAAUUUUUUCAAUGCCUGACUGAAAUUUAAAACCAGAGAAACUAUUCCAAAACAAUAGGGAGUGGAGAGUCUAUUCACCAUCUUGUCUGCAGAAUUUGUUUCCACCUAUGGGGAAAGUGUAUAGUGUUUUGUAAUAAAUGACAGAUCCUAACAUGUAAAUGGAAAAGGUGUAUAUAAUAUAUUGUUUGACUGUUAAUUCUUAAGAAACUUUUUUUGAUGAGAUGCAAAGAUCUAUCGGAAUAAGAAAAGUUAAUUUUCUUCUAUGUCCACUACACUCUGCAACCAGUGUUGUCGGCUUCAUAGCAGCUGGAUCAACUUCCUCACCCAUUCCCACCUCAAAGAAAAGAUAACAUAAAAGAGCCCAUCCAUAUCAACCACAGCAAUAGUUUCUUGUUAAUUCUUUGCUACUGGAGCCAUUUAAUGCUGAUAACCUUUCAGUGAGGUAGCUGAUGUGGGAGAUUGGUGAUGUUACAUUGUUUCUGGAUCUCUUUAUUGCCGUUUUAUUCUGGUAUUGGGUUAAUCACUUUAAAUCUAUAGUUAUACUGUAACAUUAGCAUGCCUUCAUACCAUGUUAGUGGAGCCAGUGAGGAAAAAAUUACCAGAUAGCAGUUGUCCCAAGAUGACAGUUGCCUUGCUCAGAGCUUUUACUACUUAACACCUAGGAUGACUAUAAAACAAAGAGAAAUGUGACAAAUAAGCAGUUUUCAGUUGCAAAUAUGUUCUUUACAUUUAACAUUUGACACUUCAGGCUCUUGAUGGGAUAAAGAAUAUCAAAGUAUCUAUAAUACGAAUUUUAAAACAAAUAUGCAAACUUUGUUAUGCCAGAAUAUGUGGAACAUAUAGAAGAAGAUUGUAUUUGGUGUACUUGUUUUGUUUUUUGGUAGAAUGUACUAAGUGAAUCUUGAAAAACUUUGCUUUUGCUGGAUCCCAUUGAAAUGGACAUCAUCAGAAUCCCACAAUAUUUUGGAGUACUAUUGCACCACUAUGUCUUGCUGACUUUUUGCAAGGUCAUAAUUUUACUUGAAAGUAGGAAUUGUCCUCUUUUUCCUUUAUCCCUAAACUCUUAUUGUUAGAUGUGAGUUUUAAUUUAAAAAUAAAC